UUUUGAAUGUGUAUAUGAAUUCCAUGUUCAUAUGGUAACUAUGUACGUUCCUUUCAAGUAUUUUCAUGUUUUCAUCACUUAUAUACUAAAAUGUCAUUUUAGGGAUACAGUCGGCAAAAGGCUUACAUAGCAGCUUUGGGGCCAACAGCGAAAACAACGGAAGAGUUUAAAACGUUUUGGCAUAUGGUUUGGCAAGAGAAUAUCGAGAACAUCGUCAUGCUUACUAAUCUUGUAGAAGCGGGGGGUCCAAAGUGUGAUAUGUACUGGCCUCGCAAUGACAGCAAUGAAAUUUACGGUGACAUUAUAGUGACUUGUUUGCAAGAAGACAUCUUUGUUGAUUAUACAUUGCGGAAGUUUGAGCUGAAAAAGAAAUCUUCAGUCAGAGCUGUGCAUCAUUUCCAUUACAUGGUUUGGCCAGACAAGGGUGUUCCAUCAGAUCUUAGCAGCAUCAUUGAUUUGAGACAAAAGGUUUUGCGCUCGCAGUCUAACCUUAGCGGACCAACACUUGUACACUGCAGUGCUGGAGUGGGUCGGACAGGAACAUAUAUUGCGUUAGACAUUUUGAUUGAACAAGGGCAGCACGAGAAUGGCGUGGAAAUUUUCAGUUGUGUUCGAAAUCUUAGAGAGCAAAGGGUCAACAUGGUUCAGACAGUGGAACAGUACCAGUACAUUCAUGAUGCAGUGGCUUAUGCCCUUUUUGUUGAUUGCAAACCGAUUCCAGAGGAUCGUUUGAAAGACUUAAUGGACUGUUCAUCCAUCGAAGAUAUCGGCAGCAUUUACGAAAACAUGCAGAAAAUGAAUGACCAGAAAUCGAAGAUGGAAAUGGAUGCUGUUGCCAGGAAUGAGAUGAUGUCACAACAGAAUCGUGAAGGGGCUGACAUACCAGGUGAUGAGAACCGACCAAGACUUUAUAUGAACAUUAUACCUGGAUCCUCAGACUACAUUAAUGCUGUAUACAUAAACGGUCUAAAAGCAAGAAACCGAUACAUCGUUGCGCAGACACCAUUGCCAACAACGCUGGAAUAUUUCCUGACUUUAAUUGUUCAGGAGAACUGUAGCGUCAUCGUAGAUAUGGACAAUUCACAAGAUCAGACAUGCGGAAGAUAUUUGCCCGAAGACGGCGGAAGUAUACAAGUUGGUAGCUUUAGCGUAUCAGUCUUGGCUUUACAAACAAGUGAACAAUUUUCAAGUUGUAAAAUGAUAUUAUCGCACAAGAGUUGUACCCCUGCUGAGAAUCGUGAACUUCAUCUCUACAGAUAUAGAGGCUGGAAUGAUAACAGCAGCGUUCCAAAGAGUCCUACACGUUUCAACGACUUUAUAAAAGAUGUAGAAUCCAAACUUACUGAAGACAACAGCGUGUUGGUUCACUGCAGAACUGGUGCAAUUAGGUGUGGUAUCUUGUGUGCCGUUGCAGUAAUACUACAGAAACUGGACAUUGACGGUGAGGUCAGCAUACCAAAUGUGGUAAAGCAAAUCAAAACGAGAAGAUCCCUGGCAAUACCUAACAAGGAGCAGUUUGUGUUUUGUUACGAAUGUGCCACUGAAUAUAUCCGCUACCUAACACAUACAUAUGCAAAUUUUGUGAAAAGGGCAUAAUGGUUAAGUGUAUGGAUAUGAUUUUAAUAACUGCUGCAAAAGGCGGUUAUUACGUUCUUCUCAUCAAGUGGGAUAGCAUCUUGAUAGCAUAUAGCAGCUUUUGAAACUGUAUGGGACGUGUCAUUGGAAUAAUGACAUUGGCAGUUCAUAUUAUCUGCUUCGCUGGCUGAAUCAAGAAACGAAAAAUGGCUUUAUGUAAAGUCUGUUUUUUGCCAUAAAUAUGUUAAUUGUGCCUACACCAAUUCCCAUCAGCAAUGUUUUGGUGACGUUUUUGUCAACUGUAUACCAGUAAUUUAAAGACCCCGAUUCAAUGGGAUUCCUUUAGAACACAGCAACAGUGUUUAGGCCGUCAGCGAAAUUAUUAGAUAUAAUUACGAAUAUUCUUUGUCAACAAUGAUGCAACUGUCGAAGGCUACGGAAAUAAGUUAUACAAUUUUAAUAUCGUAUUUAAAAUUCAAUAGUUAUAUGAAGACACGUCUUUUUAUAUGAUAGUAUGUUUUUUAUAUUUUCCAUAUAUUGCGAGUCAUGGACUUCUUCCUUUUGUAUGUUCUGUAAAAUUAUGAAAGGUUAAAAGAUGUUAUUACUCGACUGUAAUGAAAUCAAGCAUGCUUUGUGCUAAGCCUUUAUAUAUGGAACGCAAUUUUUGUCUUCUAAUGCCUUUAUUAUAUGUUAUUGCGUUGAAAUCAAACUUCUUGGUUUAAAAAAUUCAAUACGUCUUCGUGUUCUGGUGACAUUCAAAAAAUAGAAUGUGGUCGUAAAUUAACUAAAAUUAAAAUAUGGCUUCCAUGUAUUUUAUCAAAAUUUCUUCAUGACAUUUACAAUGUAGAGUAGAUCUAUGUGUCUAAAUGUAUUUCAAAUUUCAGACAAAAUGUGAGUGCGGAUACGCCUGCAAUAUUGCCAAAAUUGACAGAUCCAACGCGGCGAUUCUGCUGUAUUUGUUAUGUGUCUAGUUGUUUUACUUUGUUUGAUAAUAUGUAGUUUGUGCUCAUAUGUUCGUUACGUACAAUUCUUUAAAUAUGCAAGGGGACUAUAUAUUGGAUUGCGGCUGGUCAUUGGUGAUCUUUACCUUGAUUUAAAUAGCUACAUGUAUCUGAUGUAUAUGUCGGUAACUUUUUACCUUUCUUACAGCAGUUUUUGCUCUGGCUGUGCAGUUACAAAUAGACCAUAAAGGGUGUUUUCGACAGUUGGUAAACUCGUUGGUGGCGAUGACACAUGCUAUAAAUGUUCCCUAUCUAAUGAAACAAAUUGAAGUGAAUUUUAGUCAUAUUUCAUAAUACAAUGUUUAUAUCUAUGUUUGGAACCAUAAUCAGGGCUAAUACAGUUGUAAAUGAACUCAAUGUAGGUUUUUAUAUCAACAAAUUUCGAACACCUGUACCGUUUCUAUCAAAGCGUUUGCCAAAUUAGUCUUACGAUGUGUAGUGUUUUCUUUAUCUUGCGCACUUUUCUUGUGAGUUUGCCGCUUUCUCCGUCCUAUCUUUAGGUACUAUAUUCGUUACUAUAGAUGUCAAUUGCACCUUUAGCGCCCUGUUUACUGUUGUUGUUACGCUUAAAGCUACAGUCACACAUACGGAUAUGUCCGUGCGUUGAGGUACGGUGCGGAUGGAAUUGGUCUGUGGGGGGACGGGCACGGAUAAGUACGGAGCAGUACGUCUUAGUACGGGAAAACUGGUGAGAAACGGGGAACAAAAAGAUACAGGACGCAAAUAGUACCGAUAGGUACGGCGUACUACGUUGAACUACGUUUUACUGCGCCUGGCAAAUUGCCCAGCGUGUGGACGGGUCUGCGGUGAACUACGUUGAACUAAGCUUAAGUACGGACAGCCUCGGAUAACUACGUUCAGCUGCGGAUCAAAACGCAUGACUACGUUCGCAUUAAGGUUAGUAACGGAUCGGUAAGUUUCAUAUCAAUAGGCCACGUGUUUCCAGCGUUUUCAUUACGAUAAUCUUUGACAGCAUGUCAAACUACGGCAAGGUAUGUUUCAGUACGGAUAAUUACGUUUAAUACGUUUAACUACGGAUGAAUAUGUUUCAACAAAGUUGGACUAAAGUCACGCUUAAACGGCUACGGAUCGCUAAAACUUUUGUGCAUGUUCAAAAGUUGGAGAAACGUGCAAAUUUGGGGCAAGUCUUGAAUACGUUUUGACCAAGUGCUGGUAGGGAUUGAUACGGAUUACUACUUUGAGGUACGGCUCAGGUACGGAUCGAUACGGAUUACUACGUUUCUAUCCGUGGCUAGACGUAGCUAUCCGCACCGUAUGUGUGACCGGGGUAUUAAAUAAGCUUGAAAUAAAUUUGAAAUUAUUGUCGUCUUUGCUUUGUGAUUUACCCAUGCAUAAUUUCAGGUAUUUCCUAAUAUGCAACACUUAACUGUUAUCUUAAACACUUGUUGAUCUCUGUCAAGCUGUAUUUUGAUAUAUAUCUUGAAGUUCUCAGAAAUAACGUCCAGGGUGUUUCCUUUUCAAAUAUAUUAUAUUUAGUUUUAUUUUUUACCCGUCUUCAUGGAACAUUGCUCAUGUAAUGCCGCUUUAUAAGAAAGGAGAAAAAUCUUUACCUUCUAACUACAGACCAAUUUCUUUGAUCAGUUGCGUAGGUAAAGUAAUGGAACGAGUGAUUUUUAAGUAUUUGUACAAUCAUCUAAACACCAAUAAUCUUAUAUAUAAAAAACAGUCAUGAUUUCUUCCUGGACACUCCACUGUAUACCAACUUGUAGAUAUAUA